UGGCCCAAAUCUAAAUUGCACCUGGGCAGGAAUAACAAUGGUUAUGGCCUUUCUCUUGCAUUUCAAAGAUGGUACAAAAAAAGGGGCGGAUCCUUAUUAAGUUUGGUCGAAAACUCUGUGCUAUGCCAAACAGUAAACUACUUGUAACUACGAAUGGAGCAUCACAUUAGCCCGUUACAGUUUGUUAGCUAUCCUACAGGUGCUUUAGAGUUAAAAGUUAAAUACACCUUUGUCGCAUUAAGCCAAUAGUGAUGGGAAUUUCCGUUAUAUUAUUUGAUGUAGAAAUACCGGCAUGAUAUACUGUCAGAUGAGCUAUCUGGUAGUUGGAUCAAAUGCUACAUAGUAGCAGGCCAACUGUACGUGUGCGUGACAACAUUAUUUCGCAGCAACAAUACACCCGCCAUUAUGACGCAAUUAUUGAGUGAUCAUGUUAUCGCUAGUAGCCUUCAUUACUGCUCUCAGCGCAUUGGACAAUUAUUGGAGUCUAUCAAUAAUGCAUUGGACGAGCGCGUUCAUUAAAUUUAGUGUAUAUAAAUAUUUGAACGACUUUACUCUUGUGAUUUGGAAUUUCGUGCGUCUACGCUUGUGUUCAUAAGCAGCAAGAUGCCUUAUCCACAUAGAGUGGUGAAUAUUCCCACGGGAUUCAAGGACUUGCUUGAGGGAGUGAGCAAGGCUGUGGUGAAGUAUCAACCGGAGAGUAUCCCCGCCUUCGCAGCGGGCUUCUUCAAUGCGCUUCUUAUCUUCAGAGACGAGAAGCCAGGCAUGCCUAUCCACGAGCUUAUUAAAGAAUUCAGGGCUACAAAAGGCUCUCAUUUCUACAGGAAGAAGAAUAAAGCUGUACAACCACAAGUACAGCCGCAGGUCACUGUCCAAGGUCCUGAAAGGUCCCCCCAUCCCAAGCCAAUCCCGGAGUGGGAGGCAGGCCCGUUGCUAAUGGAAGCUAGAUGUGAGGAUGUCAGGGAGCCUUUCUCCUUCAUCUCUAGUGACCAGCCCUGCAGCAACAGAGACAUCCAGGCUAUGGAUGCAGUGGCAGGAGCUUCUACUGACGGUGGCCAGAACGAGUGUGGCCUGCAGGUCUCUGCCACCACCAUCACACUGUCCCCAGGGCCCAUCCCAGCAGACAUUGCCCAGGGCCUGGCCCUGUACCGGCGCAAGAUUGACCUAGAGUCGUCCCCCCGGGACUCUCCUCCACUCGGGGCUUCCGCCAACAACUCCUGUGCGCGUGUCUGUUCGGCCCUCUUCGAGCGGGUCUCCUUCAGCGAGAUCAGCCAGGAGUUGGAUGCGGUGCUGAUCCGCACUGGCGUGCUCCCAUCAGAGUCCCUGAUCAUCGUGCAGACAGAGCAUGUACCCAAGAUGAUUGUGUUCCAGGCUCAUCCCCUAUUGGUUGAGAACGCAGCAGUGGCUCCGCCUCCGUGUGACGUCCCUGUCAGGUAUAAGUGCAGCUGUGCCUCAAUGGUGGGCGCCCUCGAAGACGUGGUGGCACCAUUGGAGAUGGCCGUUGCAUCUCAGCCUAGCUAUCCCAUCUGUGAGAGAGCAGGUCCCGUGGUGGCGAGACCAGCUGCUAUGGUCGCUGAGCCUGAGGAGUCUCCAGCCCUUGGAGACAAGGUUGUACCCCUUGAGGUCCACUCUGCACCAGUCAAACACCAGGAGAUGACACCCUCAAGGCCCUCCAUCCCAGUUGGAACACUGGAGCUCCCUGUUUCAGCCCCUGCUGUGUCUGACUCCCCUGCUGUGUCUGACUCCCUUGCUGUGUCUGACUCCCCUGCUGUGUCUGACUCCCCUGCUGUGUCUGACUCCCCUGCUGUGUCUGACUCCCCUGCUGUGUCUGACUCCCCUGCUGUGUCUGACUCCCCUGCUGUGUCUGACUCCCCUGCUGUGUCUGACUCCCCUGCUGUGUCUGACUCCCCUGCUGUGUCUGACUCCCCUGCUGUGUCUGACUCCCCUGCUGUGUCUGACUCCCCUGCUAUGUCUGACUCCCCUGCUGUGUCUGACUCCCCUGCUAUGGCUGUCCAAGACGCGCAGAUUAGUUUGACCGAUCGUCCUCUCUCAGUCAUCCUACACUCCCUCUCCGGUGCAACUUCACCAUUCGAGACAGCAGAGGAUGUGAUGCUGAUUCCUAUGGUAGUGUCCCCUCCUGAAUCAGUCAAAAGGGUGGUGAGAGAGUCCUCUGAUCUUCUGUGUCCUCUUCCUGCAGCGACAUUGGAGACUGAGUCUGUUAGUGUGAUUUGUCCCCCUCCUUCUCCAGUGACUGUGGAGAUCCAGUCUUCCAUUCUGGCUUCUCCCCUUACUGCUGCAACCGUGGAGACAGAAUCCUCCAAUCGGAUUUGUCCUUCUGUGGUCAGCGUGGAGACAGCUUAUCGGCCAAUUCAAUCUCCUUCUGCUGCAGAGACAGUGGAGGCCGAAUCUUCUGUUUUGACCUGCCCCCAUACUGCGGUGACCGACGACUUUGUGGCCCCUGUUUCUGUGUACCUUCCUGUUGUGGCACCAGAAGAGACCGGUGUCCCCAGUGUGCAGCUCCCAGCUCCCGCGCCUGCCUUGACAGAGGAAACUCAGUGCCAGUCUGCUUCACCAUGCCUGCCCACCCUCACGGCCGCAGGAGAGUCCAGAACCCCCUUCUUGGUCUACCUCCCACUGCCUGCUCCAGAGCUGGCUAAGACCCCUGGUCUGUUGUGCCAACUCGGCCUGGGACCAGAGGAAGCCAAGAGCUUCCCUUUCCUGUGUCUCCCUAUUUCUGACAUCCCCAGGACCCCAAGUCUUGUGACUGCCAGCCUGGCUCCAGCUCAGACUGCGGCUGUGGCUCCUGCUGCUGCUACGGAUUUACCAAGGACCAACCUCCCUGGAGUGACAGAUAUCCCCAGGACCCUGAGUUAUGUGGCGGCUGGAGCUCAGGAGCUACCACGGCUCCAGAGCUAUGCGGCUAACGCCGCUGAAGUCCAGGAGCCACCGAGGACCCCCAGCUAUCUGGCUAACACCCCUGGAGUUCAGGAAAUACCACACAACCCCAGCUAUCUGAAAAACUCAGCUGUCUUCCAAGAUAUGUGCUUUAUGUGCCCCUCUGUUACCGCCUCCAAUCUGUCCAGGAACAAUAGCUUUGUGCACUCUCCGGCUGCCAUGGCUCCACAGCAGCUGAUUAGGGGCCCGUGUAUGAUGUCUCUGUACCCCCAGGGAGGGCCUGUGAUGGGCCACUGUACCCACUCCCCAGGACAGUGUCCUGCGUCUCUGCAGCAGCAGGCUGGCAUGGCUCCGCUCAACCACGGACAGCAGACCAACACCAACUUCAUGCCCAUUUGUUCUCAAGGGCCAAGCCUGUGUAGCUGCCUCGGCAGAACUGGCAGCCACUGGCGCCUCUGUCACCUGACGCGACCCGAGUCCCAGGGCAGGGUGGGCGGCAUGAUCUGCCCCUACCAGAACUCCCAGACCAUGAUGCACUGCAACAGCCUGGAUCACAUGGCCAACAUCCCCAUGUACCAGGACUGUGGCCACUACUCUAGCAGCUGCCACCUGCUGCCACCGUGCUCCCAGUCGUCCCACGGCAGCCUGCACACCCACCACGUGGCCGAGCCCCGUUGCUCUGCUCACAACCUGGGCACCUCCUUCGUCCAACCCCAGAACUGCUCCUCCGACCCCCUCUUCCACUACCCCCAGCAGUACCACCUGGUGGCCACCCCCUCCCAGGAGAGGCAGCAGGCCCUGUGCCCUCUCCAGUGCCCACUGCUGCAGCAGCGCCACAGCUCCCUGCUCUUCUGUGGGCACCAGGGGGAGCUGAGCAGGCUGGGCUCCUCCAGCUGUGUCCCUGCCACCAACCAGAGACAGAACCAGGGAGGGGUGGAGCAGAAGAACAACAACCCCAGCUGCGUAUCGCUUCAUAACAAAAGAUUAGACACGAGCGCAAACAACAAUCAAGGCUGCGUCAUGAAUUGCAAUCCCCAGGGCAACUAAUCCUGUCUUCACAUGAGAAGGGCCUUAUUUUUGCAGUUGCCAAUGUCUCUUUUGCAUUCUUUUAAACUGAUAAUGAGGAAUAAAUAUACUUACAUUGCAUGAA